AGUAACAGGAUUCUAUAUAUUAGAAAAGUAGAGAAAGAAAGGAAAGUUCUGUUGAAUAGCCCAAGGCACUGAUUUUGACUGACAAGUGAGACCCGAGUCCAUUUGCGGCGCUUUUAGUGUAUUUGUGAAAGGUGAGGCGUAUUUGACUGGCUUUAUAAAACUUUCGUACCAAAUGAAGUUUGGAUAAAGAUGAAUAACAGCGCACCGAAAAAGACCUUUGCGAGGAUGGAAAUGAACAGGGCUUCAUAAGCAAGCACUGGAAAAUUAAAACUCACUUUUAGUUGUGUUUAGUGGAUAUAUACCCAACUGUGCAAAAUGCUGAGAGCGCGUAAAGGUUUAUGGGUGCUUUUAAGUGUUCUGCUGGCUUUUUGGAUAGAACGCGCCAUCAGCUUCCCUGUGAGACAUCACAAGAGAUCCAGAAACGGCGUCUACGUUGAGAAUCAGGUCCAAAAUGAUUUGGCAGAUUCACAUCCCCACCAACGAAGGUGGCUCCAACAUCACUCUACAGGUGUUCUACCACUGCCUAAACCUGAGGAAGAAUCAAAACCUUUUGUCCUAGACUUCAAAGACUUUCCAGACCUGGCAAAUGCUGACAUUGGCUCCCAAAACCCAAACAUUCAGGUGACCAUUGAAGUUUUGGAUGACGCCCCCAUGGAUGUAGAGAUGGAUCUGGUUAAAGAAUGGAGCAAUGACUGGUCCACAUCUUCUCCCUCCUCCACUGUAGAAUGGCUGGGUGGGAAGAAGCUUUUCUGGCCUUUAUUUUGGGGCUAUACAGAUGCAGACUCCGGUGAGGACGGUACAGGACAAGCUGAGGAUGAAGAAGAUGAUUAUGAUUAUGACAGUGGGGAACCCAUCCCUAGUGGGCUGGGCAAGACAGAUGGUGACUGGACUCAUAACCAUUAUGAAGAGAAAGAGGAAGAAUGGAGCACAUGGAGCCCCUGUAGUGUCACUUGUGGCCAUGGCAACCAGACCCGCUCACGUUCCUGUGGGGAUUUCUGCACAUCCACCGAGUCACAGAGUUGUGUCCUUGUUCCAUGCCCAGAUGAUUGGAACAGUGUGGCUCAUGUCUUUCCUUUUGAGAUGGAAAAUGGUACAGAACCCUAUGGCACAGAUGUGGACAGCUGUGAGAAGUGGUUGAACUGUAAGAGUGAGUUUCUUCAGCGUUACCUGCAGCAGGUGUUGACUGAAUUGCCCAACUGUCCAUGCUCCUAUCCUUCAUACGUCUCUAAUAAUAUCGUCAGCCUGCUGGAUGUGGGACAUGACCGCUCCUUCCAGUGGAGGGAUGCUAGUGGCCCAAAAGAACGUCUGGAUAUCUACAAACCCUCUGCGCAGUCCUGCUUGCGUUCUGGUCUCUCAAAAAAUGGUACCACCCUGGCUGCCCAACAUUGUUGCUAUGACGACAACAAGCAAUUAAUUACAAGGGGUAAGGGGGCAGGUACCCCCAACCUAAUAAGCACAGAGUUCUCUCCAGAGCUGCAUUUCAAGGUGGAUGUAUUGCCCUGGAUUCUGUGCAAGGGAGACUGGAGCAGGUUUCAAGCCGUCCGCCCACCCAACAACGGACUGCAAUGCAUGGAGAACCCCCAACAGGAUAUUUUCAUGAAUGAAUUGGAGGAGGUCAGAGAAUAUUAAGUCACCAAAUUACUGUCCAUUCUCUAAUACAUCGUCCUGCUGUGGUGCUUAAACCCCAUACAACAAACACUAGCCAGCCACAUAAGUCAUGUGGUGUGAGACACACUGCUGCAACUGGGUUGGCAAAGCGUGGCUUCUAGCUUUUCUUAUGUGUGGAAUGUUGUAAGGAAAAUGGAUUCCUUAAAUGGAUGAAUCCUUUCAAAUGGAUUCCGUUCUGUCUGCCCUCUUUGUGAAACACUUGUAUCUGUGUGUAUUAUCAAUAAAGCUUUUUUUUUUUUUACU